AGCCGUCUCUACGCACGUUUUCCCGGCAUGCUUUGUCCGACUGCCGUAGAAAAGCCUGCGGAGGAGGCCGGACCGAAGGCUACCAGUCCAUGGGUAGCCGAGCUCUAAGAGACCGCACUCAUUCCUUAACCGCGGAAUCACAGAUAAUAAGCGCCGUUGACGUCCACAACGGGGUAAUAAGCACCAUAAAACAUGGUGCUUAUUACCAUCGUGUGCAGCUUCGGUUAGGCGAGUGAGUGUCGGCUCGUCUGGCUCCGUAGCCGGAGUGUGUUUCGGGGGGAGAGGCUGGCGUCUAGACCCGCUGCCCGGCAUGACAGCAGCCACGGCGACCCUGCAGACCAUGAGAGACCGGCUGGUCCAGGCCAUCGAUGGCCAGAGCAAUCAGAUACGCAACAUGGUUGCCGUUAUGGAAGUAAUUUCCUAUUUGGAGAGAAAUCCCAUCACGAAAGAGGCACUGGAGGAAACCCGUCUCGGCAAGCUGAUCAACGACGUCCGCAGGAAGACCAAGAACGAAGACCUGGCCAAGCGGGCCAAGAAGCUGGUCCUCGCCUGGCAGAAGCUGAUCGAGCCCGGGCAGCAGAGCGACGGGGGGCUGUCCGCAGGCCUCGCCCCCACCUCAGGGUCUUCCAACGGCGCCGGCCCCAAGGCGGACGUCUCCCCUCCGCCGCCGGCCCCCGCCCCGCCGUCGGGGCGCCCGGCCCCCGAGCUGAAGAACCGCAACGACUUCAACAACUCCCUGAGGGCGGACAAGCCGAGCAACCGGAAGCGGCGUGCCGAGCAGCACAAGGAUGGAACGCCGCUGCCGCCGGCCAAGGUGGCCAAGAUGGCCUCCAACAAACCCCAGAACGCACAGCCGCCGCCGCCAUCGAACGGCACCGCCGCGGGCGCCGACGUGUCCACAGACGGUUCGGACUCUCGCGAACGUCCACCCCCGACGGCCAAGGAGGCGGCCUCUCACCCGGACGCUGACGGGCUCGGUAAGACCCCCGUCAGGGAACCCCCCCGGCCCCGGCCGGCGCACCACCCCGCCUCGCUGGGCUGCUCCCGGACCCCGCCCAGCGCGUCCAGCCUGCUGAAGGCCUCGCUGCUGCAGCAGCACGCCCGGCUGGAGCAGGCCUCCUCCGGGGGCCAGUGUCAGCCCCGUAGCCCCCGCUCGUCCUCCCACAGCCCCCGCACCCCGAGGCAGGACAGCGGGGGGGGCGGUGUUAAACAGACUGCCGUGAAAACAACAACAGUAGUAGCAACCGCCGGCGGCGUGGGGGUCCCCCUGUACGUGGAGACCCCUGGUCCGGGACCCUCGCUGCCGCCGCCCCCUCCACAGCCUUUAAACGCGCAGGGCCCCCUCGCCAACGACGUCCGGGCGACAGGGGAGGCCCUGGGCGCUCAGGGCGUCUGGGUCUCGCACACGCCGGGGUCUCAGCCCGUCCUGGGCUCCUCCCCCGCCCUGAGGGCCCCCGGCGGUCUGGAGGUCGGCGGUUCGGGCGUCGGCGGGCCGGGCAGGAAGAAGCGGAAGAAGUACCGGUCCAAGGACUACGUGGUGAACCUGGACGGACAGUCGGCACCCGGUGACGGCGCGAAGCCGGUCCGGUUAAAAGACCGGAGGCUGACCUUCGACCCCGUCACGGGCCAGAUCAGAUCCUGCCUCAGCAAGGAGCCGGGCCAGGAGGCGGAGAGGGGGGGGGAGGAGGAGGAGGACGAGAAGGACGGGAGGAAGAAGAGGCGAAAGAACCGGGGCGGCACCGGAUCAGAGGCCAUCUGUCCCGAGGCGCCGCCCCCGCCCCAACCCCCGCCCCCGCCCGUGCAACCCAGCCCCUUCCAGCAGACCAACUGGAAGGAGCUGUCGAGCAACGACAUCAUCCAGUCCUACCUCAGCCAGCAGAGCAGCGUGCUCACCACACUGGGGGCCCCUCGCGCCCCCGGGGCCCACUUCUUCAUGAACGAGUACUUGAAGCAGGAGCGGCAGGGGGAGGGCGGGGGCCCCGCCCGAGAGGCGAGGCGGGCGCACGUGGUGGCGGCGGAGGAGCCCGUCACGGAGCGGCCCGGCGAGUGCCGCGACGUGACCGCGCACGACCUCCGCCGGUUACACGGCGAGCACUGGCCCGGGGUGAACGGUUGCUAUGACACCAAGAAGCAAUGGUACGACUGGACCGAGUGCAUGGCUCUAGACCCGCACGGAGACGAGAGCCGGCUGAACAUACUGCCCUACGUCUGUUUGGACUAGGGGUGUAGGUGGGUCGACUCCCGGCUCUAAGCGGUGUCCUCAACGCCUCUCCAAUACAGGGGCGUGGUUUGGAUGUCUCGAAUUUCACAACCCUUCCCUGCUCCUUUGCACAUGGAGGGAAGCGGCCGACAGGUGGUUGGGGUUUGGCUUAAUCUGCACCAUCGCUCGUAGGUUUUAGAAGUCUUUGCGUAAGGCUGACGACUAAAGCAAGGCUAUGCAGAAUCCCCCGGGUCCAGAGCUGGUGGUUAACAUGACUGUAGAGAUCCGGCUCACAAGACCCGUAAUAGACUAAUAUAACUCCCCUUCCCAAGGUUGGUCAUCGUUGGCAUGGCUUAGGAGGGCUAGGUUGUUCUACGUUUAGUGGGAACACAUUCAGACGAUGAGAUGAUUAAGAAAAUUUUAUGGAAUUGUUGGGCACCGUUUUCACGUUUGGAAACGUUCAUAACUGACAGAUAUUUUUCCACUUUUAAAUCAUUGCACACUACCUCCUCCCGAUUCAACGUUGUCCUGAGAUACCUGGUCAAGUUACUUAAAAGCAUUUUUAAACUGCAAGUGCUGCGUCAUUAUUUUGGUUUUCUGUUGAUCCUGAAAUGUGAAUGCAGAUCCCAACAAUUCUACAAAAGAAUAACAAAGUGGUCUUCUCCAGCCUGUGUGAAUGCAGAUUGAUGGAUGUGAUACCAAACUGAUUCAAUCUCAGCUGGAAGGGUCUGUGCUGCUUCAACCAAAAAUGUGGCCAUCGCGUAUGAAUUCAAUAUUUUCUACUUGUUCGCUACCUAGUACCUAUACAAAGCUCUUGAUGCUUGGCUGAAACAUUUGUUCUUUGAUUAUGGACUUUGAUUAGCUUAUGCGAUGGCAACAUUCCAGACUGUUCUUAUUAAGCCAACACCAACCUAUCCUACACAGGGAAAUUAUCAACCAAUUACACAUUUUUAUAAUGUGAAUCCUUAUUUUCCUCUUGAUGGCUGUUUUGGUUGUAAAAUAUGAAUUCAAAAUGGACGCCAGGGGAUUAUACAAUAAUGCAUUUUGUACUGUGAGGAAAGUGGAAAUAUAAUAAUAUGCUGGAAAAUGUACUUGACACCAUUCCUUUAAAUAUCGUUUGCCUUAUGGAAACCUGGGAUUUCCCUAAAACAGAGCCUUAGUGAAUGUACAGAAACAGCCUUUUGGGUUCCAUCGAACACAAGAGAACAUAUUUGCUACUAAGUCCUUUUCAGUGGACGCGUUGAUAUGUGUUAAUAAAAAAAAAUGCUGAAAUUGUGAA